UGUUUCAGACCGGGCGUAUUUUUAUAGCACACACACACACACACACACACACACACAGCUACCAUGGACGCUGUAUCCCAGCGUGUUUUGGAGAAUUUGACAGAAGUUGAGGAGGCAGCCGAGGAUGUUCUGACCACUAAACAACAGAUAGUUGACCUGGACACUAGGAGGAACAGGAACAGAGAGGCGUUGAACGCACUGAAAAAUGAAAUAUCAGAUUCAGAGAAAGUGAAGGUUUGCUUCGGAAACAUGUUCAUCAAAUUUCCCAAAUCAAAGACAAAGGAGAUGAUUCAGAAAGACCAAGAGCAGCUGGACCAGGAGAUAAACGAACUUCGCAAAGGACUGAAAGCUAAAGUCAACCGUCUAAAUGAGAUGCAAGGGAAACCUGAGCUGAGAGGCUACAAUCUUUCUCCUCUGUCUACUGAUGAAAUCAAAGCUAUUAACGGCCUUUUAAAGAGAUAACCUCAGAUCUGAGGACAUGAGGACAGAGCCUGAUGCCACUGUGACGUGCUAACCUCUGGAUGAUCUGAAGGCGCUACAGUAGCUUCCUGAAUCAUUGACAUCUUCAUCACCGGCCUUUAGGACAUUUUAGAAAUUGUAUCCUAGGUCUCUCAGUUAAAGGGUAACUACUGUUUUUUUUUUCAACCUGGACCCUAUUAUCCUAUAGUUUUGUGUCUAAGUGACUGUUGG